AUGCAGGACGCGGAGAACGUGGCGGCGCCCGAGGCGGCCGAGUCCGGGCAGCAGCAUCAGCAGCCGGCUGCUGAGCCGCCGCCGGGCGAGGAGCCGCCGCGGCCCGCGGGGCCCGGCGCGCAGGAGGCGGCGGGCGGCGAAGACGCGGAGGCCGGGCCGGAGCCCGACGUGCUGGCCAAGCCGGCCGAGCCCGCGGCCGACGGGGAGGAGAGGGCGGCCUUGGCCCCCGGCUCGUCCCCGCCGCCGCCGUCUGAGGAGCCCCCCGCCCCGGCCGCGGGUGAAGCCCCGGCCGAACAGGCCGGGGACGCGGGGGCCGAGGCCCGGUCCGAGGGGGCGGGCGGGGAGGAUGGCGGCGCCGAUGAGCCCUCUUUCAGCGACCCCGAGGACUUCGUGGACGACGUGAGCGAGGAAGAACUGCUGGGGGACAUUCUCAAGGACCGGCCCCAGGAGGCCGACGGGAUAGACUCAGUGAUCGUGGUCGACAACGUCCCUCAGGUGGGGCCCGACCGCCUGGAGAAGCUCAAAAACGUCAUCCAUAAGAUCUUUUCCAAGUUUGGGAAAAUCACAAAUGACUUUUACCCGGAGGAGGAUGGAAAGACUAAAGGCUAUACGUUCCUAGAAUACGCAUCUCCUGCCCAUGCCUUGGACGCCGUGAAGAAUGCUGAUGGCUACAAGCUGGACAAGCAGCACACGUUCAGGGUCAACCUCUUCACAGACUUCGACAAGUAUAUGACCAUCAGUGAUGAGUGGGACAUCCCAGAGAAACAACCUUUCAAAGACUUGGGAAAUUUACGUUACUGGCUCGAAGAGGCAGAAUGCAGAGAUCAGUACAGUGUCAUUUUUGAGAGCGGAGACCGUACUUCCAUAUUCUGGAACGACGUGAAGGAUCCUGUUUCUAUCGAAGAGAGGGCGAGAUGGACGGAGACGUAUGUGCGCUGGUCUCCCAAGGGCACCUACCUGGCCACGUUCCAUCAGCGAGGCAUUGCUCUCUGGGGCGGAGAGAAAUUUAAACAAAUCCAGAGAUUCAGCCAUCAGGGGGUUCAGCUCAUUGACUUCUCACCUUGUGAGAGAUACCUGGUGACAUUCAGCCCUCUGAUGGACACCCAGGAUGACCCUCAAGCCAUCAUCAUCUGGGACAUCCUGACCGGACAGAAGAAGAGGGGUUUUCACUGUGAAAGCUCAGCCCAUUGGCCUAUCUUUAAGUGGAGCCACGAUGGUAAAUUCUUUGCCAGAAUGACACUCGACACUCUUAGCAUCUAUGAAACUCCUUCUAUGGGCCUUUUGGACAAGAAGAGCUUGAAGAUCUCCGGCAUAAAGGACUUCUCAUGGUCUCCCGGGGGUAACAUCAUAGCCUUUUGGGUGCCUGAGGACAAAGAUAUCCCGGCCAGGGUGACCCUGAUGCAGCUUCCCACCAGACAAGAGAUCAGGGUUAGGAAUUUGUUCAACGUGGUGGACUGCAAGCUGCACUGGCAGAAAAAUGGGGAUUACUUGUGUGUGAAAGUGGAUAGGACCCCCAAAGGGACCCAGGGUGUGGUCACAAAUUUUGAAAUUUUCCGAAUGAGGGAAAAACAGGUACCUGUCGACGUGGUGGAAAUGAAAGAAACCAUCAUAGCCUUUGCCUGGGAGCCAAACGGGAGUAAGUUUGCCGUGCUGCAUGGGGAGGCUCCUCGGAUAUCCGUUUCCUUCUACCACGUGAAGAACAACGGGAAGAUUGAGCUUAUUAAAAUGUUUGAUAAGCAGCAGGCAAAUACCAUCUUCUGGAGCCCCCAGGGACAGUUCGUCGUGUUGGCUGGCUUGAGGAGUAUGAACGGCGCCUUGGCUUUUGUUGACACGUCGGACUGUACGGUCAUGAACAUUGCAGAGCACUACAUGGCCUCCGACGUGGAGUGGGACCCCACGGGGCGUUACGUUGUCACCUCUGUAUCCUGGUGGAGCCAUAAGGUGGACAACGCCUACUGGCUGUGGACUUUCCAAGGACGCCUUCUGCAGAAGAACAACAAGGACCGCUUUUGCCAGUUGCUGUGGAGACCUCGGCCCCCCACGCUCCUGAGCCAGGAUCAGAUAAAGCAAAUUAAAAAGGAUCUGAAGAAAUAUUCUAAGAUCUUUGAACAGAAAGAUCGUCUGAGCCAAUCCAAAGCCUCAAAGGAACUGGUGGAGAGAAGACGCACCAUGAUGGAAGAUUUCCGAAAAUACCGGAAAAUGGCCCAAGAACUCUACAUGGAGCAGAAGAGUGAACGUCUGGAGUUGCGAGGAGGCGUGGACACGGACGAGCUGGACAGCAACGUGGAGGAUUGGGAGGAGGAGACCAUCGAGUUCUUCGUCACUGAGGAGAUCAUCCCCUUGGGCAAUCAGGAGUGACCGAGCGCCGUGCGUCCCUGCGUCGCGUGCUGGACCCCGGUCAUCCUGCUGCAGGAAUCCUGCACGAUGCCUGAAGUCUCCCCUGUGCUUUGUCUGGCUCCAGACUGUGCGCCCGGACUCCCCCAUCUCCACACAUUACUGUGCCUUUCACCCCUGGUCUCCACCGCAGGGGAGGAUCCAAGGCACCGCUUUCAGUUUUUCCUUGUUCGGGGUUUUUAAAAUCACGCCACCAGUGUUGGUUCCUCACACUCGGCGCCACUGGGGCGACCCCUCCCGCCCUCCUGAGGUGCACAGCCGAGCGGCCUCCUCUCGAGGAUCGUCCUGCCCCGUGCGCGCGGCCCGGCCUGGCUGUGUCCCGGGCACCGCAGGGGAGCAGCGCCCCGUGGUGUCCUGGCGCCGUUCAGGUUGUGCCGGCUUCUCUCAACGGGCUGAGCAUGGAAAUAAAAGCAAACCUGUACGAAAA